GAUAGGCUGGACACAGGGAUUCCACCAGGGAUGGACAGGCUGCACACAGGGGAUCCACCGAACACAGACAGGGUGGUCAUAGGGGACACACCGGGCACAGACAGGCUGGACACACAGGAUCCACCGGGUACGGACAGGCUGGACACAGACAGGCUGGACACAGGGAAUACACUGGGCAUGGACAAGGUGGACACACAGGGCCCACCAGACAGGGUGGGCGUGGGCACAUGUGACCCACUGGACACGGCGAGGUUGGGCACACAGAAUUCUUUGGGCAGGGUGGGGUUGGGCUGAUAAAACCCUUAAGACACAGGGUGAAAACAUGGAACCCAUGGGGUGGUGGGCACACAGGACCCACCAGACAUGGGCAGGGUGGGCACAUGGAACCCACUGAGCAUGAUCAGAGUGGGCACAUGGAACCCACUGAGCAUGGACAGGGUGGGCACAUGGGACCCACUGGUCAUGGACAGGGUGGGCUAAUGGCCCCUGCUCCCAGGGCUGGUGGGUGAGAGCAGUUGCUGGCACCCCUUCUUGCCCCUCAGCCCCACACACAGUGUGUCCUCUGUGGGGUCUGCAGGAGGAAAACUGCAGCCCUCACUCUGGGGGGGAUGGCUGGCUCAGGGGAAAACUCCUGGAGCUGCGUGGGGAGGGGGAUAAGGGCUGGAGCAGAGGGCAGCAGGGUCAGCAUCACUGCACGGGGAGAGCCUUUCCCCUGGUGAGGCCUUUUGGGAAGGAAAUGUUUGCCCAGAGGUGCUGCCUGCAUCCUGCCUGCAGCUGCCUGCACGUGGCCUGGCUUGCCCAGGCUGUGGCUGCUGUGGGGGGAGCAGAGUGGUGCUGAGUCCCACCCCACCUGCACAUCCAUCCCUUAAUCACUGCAGCAUGGAGGGUCCCCCCUCUCUGCUCCCCUUCUCAGCACCACCUCAGAACCCUUUGGCAUGCCUGGGGUGGCACUUUGGGCUCACACGAGGCUGGCCAGGAGCCAAAUGUGGGGACCCCAACCACAACCACCCCAGGAACUGGGACCCCCACAGGAAUCACCACCCUGAUGAGACACUGGGGCCCUCCCAGGGAUCAGGAAUUUCUGCACAGUGGGAUCAGCAGCUUUUGAUGCCCAUCCGUGCCAGGAGCCCAUGUCACCUGCGCCCAGGCACGGGCGGUGCCCAUUACCUGUGGGGUGGGGCGCUGGCACCUGGCAUCCCCCGUGUCCUGGCUGGGGAUGGGGGUUUGUACCUGCUGGGGGGGCCCUGGCACUUGGAGGGAGCUUACUGGGAGGUGCUGGGAUGUGGUGGGGCCCUGGGCUGUACCUGCGUAAUCGUUUCGGGGGGGUCACCGCUGCUUAUUUGAGUGUAGGGCGAGGCGAUGACCAGCCGCUAAUGAUUAACCCUGGGCUGAGCCGGAGGAUGAGGCCCCCCCUGCGCGAGGGGCUGGGGGUCUCCGUGUGCCCCCCGUGCCCCCCACAAGGUCGGUAGCUCAGCGUGGGCAGCCUGGCAGAUGCUGCUCCACCCCUGCCCCAGGAUGCCCGGCUGCUGUCCCGUCCGGUGCCCACCGGGGCUGUGCCCACCCGUGGCACGGGGACGCUGCCAGUGACAUCUCCAGAGCAGGGAAGCGUGAAGGACCCAGCCUGGGGGGCUGAUGCUGCGGGUACCCCCUGGGCGCCGUGGCACCCCUGUGCCAAGCGGGGCAGAACGACCCCCCCUGCCUGGAGCCGGCGGCGGGGCGGGGCCUCCCCACCUGCUCCAGGUGCUCUAUAAAGCUCAGGCCGCUGCCGAGCUGCCAGUUCCGGAUCCCUGGAGUGAGGAGUGUGCCACGGGCUAACGGGAGAGCAGCCGCUGCCGAGCCCCGAGAGGCGCCGGCACCCCCUGGAUGAGCCCCAUGGCGUUCCCUGUCCUUCUGCUGCUGCUGGUGCUGGGCACAGGUACCCAUGCCAUGACCACCGAGACAACCAUGGAGAUGGAAACCACUGAAACGACCACGGUGGAGAUGACCACGGAAAGCACCGCCAGCACCUGGCUGCCAAAUAUAUUCCCCAAAAGCACACGGGCCAGCCGGCCCCAAACCCCUGUCUUCCCCUAUGCCACCGCUUUCCCUGGCAAAAACACCACGAACUUCCAGUUUGGCAACCACUCCACCAGCAAUGCCACAUCCAAUGGCACUGUGGUGCCUGUCCCCAGCAGCCCAGCCAUGCCCCGUGCCAAUGCCACCUCAAACAGCAGCAGCUGGGCACCCCACCUUGGCACCAAUGGCAGCUCUGCCGCUCCCACCACCAUGCACGGCAGCACCAAAGGCAAUGGGAGCACCAGUGCUCAGGUUUUUCCCACCCAGAUAACGUCCGAGGGCAGCACAUCUCCCACCCAGGGUGGUCCCAACCCCAGCAAAACCUCAGCCCAGCUGCCUGGUCCUGCCCGGCUGCUCGUCCGUGUCCCGCUGUCCUUCCGUAUCAUCAACAGGAGCUUCAACGAGAGCCUGCGUGACCCAGCAUCAGAGGAUUACAGGAGCCUGAGCCGCACUGUCCUGACCAUGUUCCAACACGUCUUUGGCUGCCCGGGCUGCAUGGGCACGCAGACCUACACCGGGUGCAGUGAGCUGCAGUACAGCCAAGGCUCGGUGCAGGUCCAAUCCACCCUCGUGUUUGGGAAUGGAAGCGAUGCUGUCACUGCUGAUGCUGCUGAGCAGCGCCUGAGGAAGAGCCUGGACCAGAAUGGCUUCAUCAUGGGCCUGCAGCUGGACAGCAUCCAGAGCUCUGCAGCAGUGAUAUCCCCAGCUCCAGCACCCAUGAUCCCAGACUGGGCCAUCGCUCUGCUGGUCCUGGUCAGCAUCCUGCUGCUGUUCACCAUCUUCACCUGUCUCCUCCUGAUGUCCACCUGCACCUGCCGCCGCAAGAGCCGAGGGAAGCUGGACCUGCUCAGCCAGAAGGAUUCCUACCACCCCAUGGCUGAGUACCUGCAGUACCAGAGCCACGGGCGCUACGUGUCCCCCAACAGCAAACCCAACCCCUACAGCCAGGUGAGAGCCAGGGCCCCACACCUGGGGGCUCCCAGAGAGCAGGAGUGAAUCCCUGGGUUAGU